ACUUUGAGGACAAAAUGAAUUCGGAAGAAGAUAGUGACGAGAUUUACGAUGAAAUUGAUCGUCAUCAUAUGUCACUGAAUACACUUGAUAAUGAUAAGGAAGAUGCUGUGAUUCGCAGGGAGGUGGAGGUCUUGAACGUCGAAGGCGAUUCGUCUAGCCAUGAUGGUGAUUAUGACAAUGAAGAGGACCGAAAUUCUUUUUCAGACUCUGAUGAAGAUGGUUUAAGUAAUGUCGAGAAGUUCUUACCUUCGGCAGAUAAAUGGGGUAGUGGUCGGAGAAGUUUCUACAACACUUCGUAUGUCGACGAGGAUUGGGGUGGUAUGAAUGAAACGGAAGCAGAAUUAGCCGAAUUGGAGGAAGAAGAUGCCAUUGCAAGGCAGAAGAAACUAGACGCUACUCUCGGUCUUCUACCCAUGCAGUUCCAGGAUGAAAUCCAGGAAGAGAAGACCGAUCAUUAUUUGAACGAACCUCCAGAUAUCGAGAGCAUGACUGCAGAACAACGAUACGAAUAUUUUUUAAAAGUUAACCCUGACUUGAAGCAGAUGUUUAAUGAGUACCAAUCAAAGAGAACAUAUUUCUUAACCAAUGUGCUUCCUCUCUUAAAUUUAGCCCAUUCAUUGAAAAAUAUUCGACCAGACUUAGUGUUGGAAAAGCAACUACUUCUUGUGGUUAACGUUUUUUCAAGAUAUUUGACCAAUUUGUUGUUUGCAUUUCACAUAAAAAUUGCCAGCAAUUCAUGUCAGGAAGCUCCUCACUUUAUUGAUCAUCCUGUUCUACGGACUCUUUCAAUUCUUCAGAAAGAAAUGUUCGUUGUUGCGCACUUCCUUGAAAAACACAGUGCUAUUCUGGGAAAGAUAAGCAAUAACCUUAAAUCGAGAGAUUUCACGAAUAUGUUGGAUACAUUCCCAACAAUAGAGUUUGCAUGGAAAUCGAGAAUUCCUAAGAGAAGCGAGGAAAAUAAACAACUACUAAUCGAAGAAGAUGGAAUAGAAGUUCAGAUUGUGCAUGACAAAAUGGAGAAAGAGAUUAUAAAACGUUCAAUAACCAACCAAAUUGAGAAGAAUAAAGGUUUGCAAAAUAAGCGGAAGAAAGGGACACAACAUUCACGGGUCAAGAAGAGGAAGCAGUUCAAGAAAGCGUUAAUCAAAAAACACUCGCAAAAGGCUGACGCAAGAAAAGAAUUAACUCCAUACGGAGGGGAAACUCGAGGAAUCAGAGCAUCGACCGUGAGAAGCGUUAAACUGAAAGCUUAGAGAAAUGAGUGUACUGUUGUUAUCUCAAUAUUAAAUAGUUCUCCUUAUUCUGAAAUCACAUAUUUUUUUCAUAUUGCAAUGGCAGAACUGGCUAUAGUUGCCUCCAGAAACAACCUUACUUAAGCAUAUAAAAAAUGAAACAUUGCUAGAGCAUAAAAAUCAGCAAGCCAUCUUUUUUUCUCGUUAUGAGUUAAAGCUAUCAUCUGUUUAUGUAAUCUCC